AUGGCUGGAGUAGAAUCCCUAUUCAACAGCUUGGGGGCCCGUUAUGAGGCCGCUUUUGGCAUGGACAAGGAGCUGCAGAGGUUUAUUGAGCUCGUGGCAAAAACCAUCCCCCCUGGAAGCAGAACACUAGACGUGGGCUGUGGAACAGGCAAGCCUGUGUCUCACAUACUUGCCUCUGCCGGCCAUGAAGUUCACGGGAUUGAUAUAUCGGAAGAGAUGGUGAAAAUCGCAAAGUCCCAAGUUCCGGGCAAGUUUCAUGUGGGUGAUAUGAAGACAUAUCAGCCAUCGACAUUGUUUGAUGCAGUCUUUGCAAUCCGAUCUCUGUUCCAAAUGUCGCCAUGUGAUAUGUGCUCCAUGGUUAUGCGAUUCUCACAGUGGAUCAAAGUUGGGGGAUAUGUGGUUCUUGGAGUGACCCCCAAUAAGCCGUGGAUGGGGAAUUAUGUCAAUGAUUUAUUCCUAUCCGAGGAGCGUUGGUGUCAGCUCCUGCGAGAAUCCGGCUUUAUCAUUGAAACAGAACCGGUUUCUUAUCUUUUCUCGCCGGCCAGCCGGGAACAUGCACCUGAAGCCCACUACAUUGUGCUGGCGAAGAAGGUCGAACGGGAGCCGCUUUUGGGGCCAUAUCCCUUACCCAGGGGUCUCAAACCAAGGGAAUUUCAGGAGCGUGAAAAUCUCUUUGCUGAUAGUCUGGUGAGCCAAGACCUGGAGAAAUUGCUUGAAGAUAUAGGCGACAGUCCGGAGGUUUUAUGUAUCGGAAAGGACCUACUCAACGGAUGUUUCCAACGCCAUAAAAGUCGAUUCGUCCACCUUGCGAUUGAGGACUUACCGUUUGCCCCGAGAAACUUUCAUACCGUGCUCGCCUUAUGGCAGAUGGAUUAUGUGUUGAAUAUGGAAAGAAUGAUUCAGGAAAUGACCCGUGUAGUGGGUCGACCGAAUUCGAAGAUUGUGAUUAUCCAGGGAGGGCCGUAUAACGAAGUUCUUAAACUUCUGGCUUCUGUCGCUCGGUCUCUCCCUGUUGGACACCAGGGGCAUAUUCUGCACUCGGCCAUCGGCUACCUUACAGAAUAUGGAUUCGGGGAUAUCAGUGUGCACCGUAUCGACGCCAGCUAG